AUGACCGUAGGGGAUCUUCUACCCCCUUUGUCCAACUUUGAUGAGGCCAGCAACGCCGACGAAAACCCCGCCGAUGGAAACCACGAUUUUACCCUAGGCUUAAGUCUGACCGACCUCGUGGCAUUAGAUGCUGAAGAUUUAGUCCCAAUACCAAUUGAGACCCAACUGUCCUUUUGCGGCAGCCCGUUGGACAGAAUGCAGUCCGCCAUGCCGUUUAUCGCUGGUAGUUCCCUGAGUAGCCCCAUGCGACUACUCAAUUCCAAGCUGGAUGCAACAAUUUUGGAUAACAGGCUCAUAACGAUCCACGACACAAUUGUGACGGGAUGUGCUUCCCGUUUUGCGGAUUACGACUGCAACCUAUAUGCAACGACUUCACGAUACCGACUGGAAGGUGGGGCUCGAUGGCCCUCGCAGGAAUAUACGCUUGACCUGUUAGACCUAAAGUUGGCUAAAAAUGAUGUGACCUACACGUUAACCGCAAUAGGGAUCGUCCGUUUCCUCGAUCAUUUUAGCGACCUCUACGGCAACCGACUUAGCUCGGGUGCACGCAAGCUGUCCGAUGCUGCGCUAAAAGCGGUGCUGCGCGCCUUUUCGCUCCAGUGGCUAACUCCUGAGCGUACAUCAACCACUGAUAGUAUUUUGGAUGACGGCCAUACGACAUGCGAAAUAUCUAGAAACGCGUUCUUUGAUUCCUGGUUCACCGCGCGAGAAGUUCUCAGAAAUGCACAGUCUAUCCAGUCGUUCAGGACUGUCUAUGCAAUUUUACUUUUCGAUGGCAUUGCCGUCCCGGCCAAGGCCUCAGCCGAGUCAGCGCAUGAGUUCCUGGACAUCGGCCUGCGAAAUCUGUGUUCAUUGGAUGCGCUUGUCAGACAAUAUUGUACAAACCUAGCAGCACAUUCUACCUACAGCGGUGCCUUGGAAGCCAGCCUGAAUGUAGUGCGUUGGGGUGGAUACAUUCGUGAUAUUGGGGCAUCGCUCACAACAGAUCGUCGAUGUCAGCUGCCGGCCAUCGCAGGCUAUGGUAAAAGUGAGUUGGCAACCCUCUAUGAUCUGUGA